AUGCCACAGUUCUCGUGUAUGAUACAACUAUCGUCGUUCACACUGCGCAUGCAAUUAAGCGACUUCGAUGACACAACGGCUCAGAAUGCUUCAAGACAAGUCACUGCCGUCGUUGCAAACGAGUUGAAAGUAAACAAGACUCUCAUUCAACUUGAACUUGCAUGGAACAAAAUAUCCGAUAGAGGAGGUGAAGCACUAGCAGAAGCACUGAAAUUAAACAAGACUCUUACUCAACUUGAUCUUAGAGGAAACCAAAUAUCCGAGAGAGGAGGUGAAGCACUAGCAGAAGCACUAAAAGUAAACAAGACUCUUACUCAGCUUGAUUUUAGUCACAAUCAAAUAUCCGCUAGAGGAGGUGAAGCACUAGCAGAAGCACUGAAAGUAAACAAGACUCUUAUUAAACUUGUUCUUAGACACAAUCAAAUAUCCGCUAGAGGAGGUGAUGCACUAGCAGAAGCACUGAAAUUAAACAAGACUCUUACUCAACUUGAUCUUAGCGGAAACCAAAUAUUCAAUAGAGCAGGCAAAGCGCUGGGAAUAGCGGUGCUAGAAGAUGGAAGAAUCGUUCUGUAG